CUGGAAGGGAAGUAGCUGCUACACACACUCAGUAUUCAACAUGGCUGCUUCACGUAGGCUCCUGUUACUGUGAAGAUCACAUACAAUACACAUCACUGAGUUUGUAAAGAAGAAACAUUAUUAGAAUAUCUGGCAAAUUCAGUUACUGAACUAGACAAUGUCUAACAAGACCGAGAACCAAACCACAGAGCUUGCUGAUGCACACAGAGGGCAUCUAGAGGAAAACCUGGGCACUGGGCUAUUAGAUGUGAAGAAAGAGGAUGAGACAGUUGACCUAAAUAGUCAUCAGACUGAAAUACAUUGGUCCUUCCCUGAAGUGCGUAUGGAUGUGACACCUACAGAGGGCUUAGCGGUAGACAACAGAGGAGAACCGUAUGUGUGUGAUCAGGUGAAGACUGAGGAGGAUGAAUUUCCUAUAAAUACGGCUACAGAUGCAGAUACUGCUGAUAUAGUGAAAGUUGAGAUAACAGAAGAUCUGUAUACGUGUGAUCAGGUGAAGACUGAAGAGGAGGAAGUUCCUAUAAAUACGGCUACAGGUAGAUCCAGAGACUGCGAUGAUCCCAGUCAUGGCCAGAGCACAGCUGCUUCUUUCAGUCUUUCUCAAAAUCAAAGAAAUAAUGCAGGAAACAUAUAUUCAGAAUAUAGGGAAUGUUUAACCCAGCAAACAAGUCUUAUUACACAUCAGACAAUUUAUACAGACAAGAAAGCAUUUUCAUGUUCUGAAUGUGGUAAAGGUUUUACUCAGAAAUCGCAUCUUAUUACUCAUCAGAAAAUUCAUACAGGAGAGAAACGAUUUUCAUGUUCUCAAUGUGGGAAAUGUUUUACACAGAAAUCACAUCUUACUACUCAUCAGAAAACUCAUACAGGAGAGAAAGCGUUUUUAUGUUUUGAAUGUGGAAAAUGGUUUUCUCUGAAAUCAACUCUUAUUGAUCAUCAGAAGAUUCAUACAGGAGAGAAAGCAUUUUCAUGUUCUCAUUGUGGAAAAUGUUUUACUCAGAAAUCAAGUCUAGUUACUCAUGAGAAAAUUCAUACUAGAGAAAAAGCAUUUUCAUGUUCUCAGUGUGGAAAAUGUUUUUCUCUGAAAUCACUACUUAUUGUGCAUCAGACAAUUCAUACUGGAGAGAAACCAUUUUCAUGUUCUGAAUGUGGGAAAUGUUUUAAUCAGAAACCAAAUCUUAUUACACAUCAGAAACUUCAUACAGGAGAAAAAAAAUUCUCAUGUUCAGAAUGUGGGAAAUGUUUUAUUCUGAAAUCAUAUCUUAUUACUCAUCAGAAAAUCCAUACAGAAAAGCAAACAUUUAUUUGUUCUGAAUGUGGGGAAGGUUUUACUCAGCAAUCAAAUUUUAUUAGACACCAGGCAUUUCAUACAGGAGAGAAACCAUUCUCAUGUUCCGAAUGUAGGAAAUGUUUUACACGUAAAUCAUAUCUUAUUACUCAUCAAAAAAUCCAUUCAGGAGAGAAAGCAUUUUCAUGUACUGAAUGUGAGAAAUGUUUUACUCAGAAAUCUCAUCUUAUUACUCAUCAGAAAAUUCAUUCAGGAGAGAAAGCGUUUUCAUGUUCUGAGUGUGAGAAAUGUUUUACUCGGAAAUCAAAUCUUAUUAUUCAUCAGAAAAUUCAUACAGGAAAGAAAUUAUGGAUUGAAAUUAAACAGGACAUUACCUUGUUGUCUAAAGAGGUUAGACAAUUCUCUGCUAGACUUUCAGAAGUAGAGCAGAGAACUUCUGAUGUAGAAGACCUGACACUGAGUCAUAACACCAAGCUAGAAGUUAUGAAUACCACUCUUUUAAAAAUCCAGGGUAAACUAGAGGAUUUAGAAAAUCGUUCUCGGAGGAACAAUUUUAGAGUUAUUGGGUUCACACAUGAAUAUAGCACUAGGGAAAUCACCUUCCUAGAUUUAAAAAUCGAAGUUAAAAAUGGGAAAUUGGAGACGUCUACGUUCUUCAAAGAAGUAGACUGUAACAAUUACAUCCAUCAUGACAGUUGUCAUCACGAACAUUGGAAGUCAAAUAUACCGAAAGGUCAAUUAUUGAGAUUGAAGAAAAACUGCUCUAAUUCAACUAAAUGGGAAGAGCAAUCCGUAAUUCUAAAGAACACAUUUUUGGAAAGAGGCUAUGAGGAGAACAAUCUCGAAAAGAAUAUGGAGGAAGUCAGAUGUAAAGAUCGGAAAGACCUUUUGAAAUAUAGAUGUAAGAAAGCUUACAAUAGUUCUGACAAUGACCAACUCACUAUUCCCUUCAUAACGGAAUAUAGUGAGAACAGACAUAUUGUAGAAAGGAUCAUUAAGAAAUAUUGGUCACUUCUGAAAAAUUAUGAACAUGGAGGAGACAUACAUGGCAAUAUGAUGCUCGAUUUUGAGCGCACGUGUGACAGGCUGGAUUGCCUUUUGUGCAACAUGGAGAGCACCCACGCAGGGGAUGUACCUGAGUCUUGUACAGAGAUGCAUACAGAACCAGCUUGUCAGGGCGGCGCUGAGCAAUUGAGUAUGACCCAACUUCUUGAUGUUAGUGCACGGACAGGUCCCUGCACCAGCUUCUUACCUUUCUCUCUGGACCCUGAAGACUCGCAUGUCGCAGUGCACACAGGAAGACAUCUGUUUACUGUGAUGGCUAACCUCAUUCCGAGUAACAGUGGAGCAGUGCUGGUGCCAACUACACGAUAUUGGGAUGUGGAUCCUCUCAACUCACCUGCAGAUAUAUCCAGAGGGCUCUCUUUUUCUCUCUCAAGUGGGAGCAAGAUCGUUGAUUUGUGUGAGGAAAAUUGGUAUUGUGACCAAGUGAUUGCGUCUGGGAGGGCAGUCGACUCCCAUGUGUGCAAUGCUAAAAUUCUUGUCCCACUGAAGCCUCUGCAGCAGAGAAUUAUUAUUUCUGAGCCUCACCAGGCUCAGUCACUGACGAUAAACAAGAUGAAUAAAUACAGGAAGCAGAUGGCAGAGCAGUUUCUGAGUCAGGCACUUGGCAUCAUCUGCCUGCUGACUGGAGAGGAAUAUGUCAUUGUGAAGAAGAGGCCCUCCCACAGCAGCAUUCACCGGCAGAGCGGAGAGGUGCCUAUAAAGUGUGAUGAUGUUGCUGUGUAUUUCUCUAUGGAGGAGUGGGAGUAUAUAGAGGGACACAAGGAGCUUUACAAGGACAUCAUGAUGGAGACUCACCAAACACUAAGGACUAUGGAGAUCUCUGAAAAAGAGAGCUCAGAACUAAAAUGUCACAGUGAUAAAAAUCUAGACACAGGGGCACAAGGAGAACUGGUACAAAAUAUUCAGCCAUCAGAUGUCUCUGCAGGUGACAUUAAUACUGACGUAGAUGUUAAAACAGAAGAUCUGAGUGCAACGUGUCAUCUGGAAGCUCCAAUGCAGGAAAUGUGUUACGACAAUGAACGCGAAAAAGAUGCUAAGAUUUCAUGUAACAUGAAAGAAACAGAAGAUCAGUGGCUAAGAAAUAUAACAGAAGCUGCAGAACAGGAAAUAUGUGAUAAUAUAAGUACAGGUGAAAACAAUGCUAAAAUUUCAUGUAACACAGAACAAACAGAUGAUCAGCAGCUAAGAAAUAUGCCAGAAGCUGCAGAGCAGGAAAUAUGUGACAAUAUAAGUACAGGUGAAUUCACAAGCUGCAAUAAUCCUAGUAAUUAUCAGAGUGCAAAUGCUUCUUUACAUCUUCUUCAAAAUCAAAGAUGCCACGUGGAAAAUUUAUGUUCUGAAUGUGGGAAAUGUUUUUUUACGAAAUUACAUCUUCUUAAACAUCUAAAAAUCCAUACAGGAGAAAAGCCAUUUUCCUGUCCUAUAUGUGGGAAAUGUUUUAACCGUAAAAAAUAUCUUGUUGCUCAUCAGAAAAUUCAUACAGGAGAAAAAAGAUUUUCAUGUUCUGACUGUGGGAAAUGUUUUACUCGGAAAUCAACUCUUAUAAUGCAUCAGAAAAUUCAUACAGGGGAGAAAGAAUUUUCAUGUUACGAAUGUGGAAAAUGUUUUAUUAAGAAAUCAAAUCUUAUUUUGCAUCAGAAAACUCAUACAGGAGAAAAAGGAUUUUCAUGUUCUGACUGUGGGAAAUGUUAUUCUCUGAAAUCAACUCUUCUUACACAUCAGAAAACUCAUACAGGGGAAAAAGGAUUUUCAUGUUCUGACUGUGGAAAAUGUUUUACUCGGAAAUCAAAUCUUCUUACGCAUAAGAAAAUUCAUACAGGGGAAAAAGGAUUUUCAUGUUCUGAAUGUGGAAAAUGUUUUACACUGAAACCAACUCUAAUUAGGCAUCAGAAAAUUCAUACAGGGGAAAAAGGAUUUUCAUGUUCUGAAUGUGGGAAAUGUUUUACUCUGAAACCAACUCUUAUUAUGCAUCAAAAAAUUCAUACAGGGGAGAAAGCAUUUUCAUGUUUUGACUGUGGGAAGCGUUUUACUCAGAAAUCAACUCUUAUUAGGCAUCAGAAAACUCAUAUCAAAAGAAAUCAAAGUUUAACCUCCUAAGUGCAGAGGGAUAGCAUGUAGUUAUCACCCACACAAUACCAAGUGCUGAUGACGGCUGCAUGUGAUCCCCUGGGGUGCAGUGUUUUGGAGCUGUUUGAGGCCCCUUCUGAAACUUAAGCGUUUAUGAGAUGACCCCAAGACCAAUUUAAAUCAUGGUUUUCAUUUUUUGAAUAAGUUUUCAGAUAUUUUUUUCCAGUUAUAUCAGACCAUUACUGAUUUGUUUAUAUAUCAUUAGAUAUGCAUAGAUAAACCAUUGAAAUGAAUGAAA